UGAUUCCAUUGUUUGUGCUCAAAAGAGAUAACUUUCAAGGUCACUAUGGUAGACUGGAAUAACAGUGAUGCUAUGGAGCCCAUAUUCAUCCUGAGGGGUUUUCCUGGACUGGAGAACGUUCAUUCUUGGCUCUUAAUCCUCUUCUGUCUUGCAUAUCUGGUAGCGUUUAUGGGUAAUGUUACCAUCCUCUCUGUCAUUUGGAUGGAAUCCUCACUCCAUCAGCCCAUGUAUUACUUUAUUUCAAACUUGGCAGUGAAUGACCUGGGGAUGUCCCUGUCCACACUUCCCACCAUGCUUGCUGUGUUGUGGUUGGAUGCUCCAGAGAUCCAGGCAAGUGCUUGCUAUGCUCAGCUGUUCUUCAUCCACACGUUCACAUUCCUGGAGUCCUCAGUGUUGCUGGCCAUGGCCUUUGACCGUUUUGUUGCUAUCUGCCAUCCACUGCGCUACUCCACCAUUCUCACCAACAGUGUAAUUGGAAAAAUUGCUUUGGCCUGCUUACUACGAAGCUUGGGAGUUGUGCUUCCCACACCUUUGCUACUGAGACACUAUCACUACUGCCAUGGCAAUGCCCUCUCUCAUGCCUUCUGUUUGCACCAGGAUGUUCUAAGAUUAUCUUGUACAGAUGCCAAGAUCAACAGCAUUUAUGGGCUUUGUGUAGUGAUUGCCACACUAGGUGUGGAUUCAAUCUUCAUACUUGUUUCUUAUGUUCUGAUUGUUAAUACUGUGCUGGGUAUUGCAUCUCGUGAAGAGCAGCUAAAGGCAUUCAACACAUGUGCAUCCCAUAUCUGUGUGGUGCUCAUCUUCUUUGUGCCAGUUAUUGGGGUGUCAAUAGUCCAUCGCUUUGGGAAGCAUCUGUCUCCAAUAGUCCACAUCCUCAUGGCAGAUAUCUACCUUCUUCUUCCCCCAGUCCUUAACCCUAUUGUCUAUAGUGUCAGAACAAAGCAGAUUCGUCUAGGAAUUCUCUGGAAGUUUGGUCUAAAGAGGAGGUAUUAAGUCACCUCUAUCCUCCAACUUUUCCACUGAAAAUGUCAUGGAAGCUAUUUUAGUAUAUGAAAAGUCAAAUAUCUGGGUGUUGCUUAUCUGGUUAAAAUCCUAAUUCUUUCACUUUUUAUACAUGUAAUUUUGGUUAAUCUUUAACCUAUAGGAAACUCAGGAUUUUUUUUGGCCAAAUUGUGACAACUAUGGUCUUAUGUAUUCUCCAGAUCAUUGCAAGACUUAAAAUAGACAGUGUGUGUGUUAAGUCAAGUUUCUUGAAAACUAUACAAAUGUAUUAAUGUUAUUAAGUAGUCAUUGUUGUUAAUGAUAAUAAUAGCAGUAUCUUUCCUUAUUAAAUGCAACAAUGUUUA